GGUGCCUUCUCCAGAAAUUAAGAUCGGACUGUCCUUUGGUUCAGUGUAUCACAAAUUAUGUGUCGAUGGACAUCAUGGCAAAUACUCUCCUUGCGAUCGGAGCGUCCCCUGCCAUGGUACACGCUGAAGAAGAAGUGGAAGAAUUUGUCACCUUGGCCUCUGCACUGCUGAUAAAUAUUGGAACUCUUUCUACACCUUGGAUCAGGUCAAUGCACAGGGCUGCAGCAAAAGCUCAGGAAUUGGGGAAGCCAUGGGUGUUAGACCCUGUGGGCGCAGGUGCCACCAGCUUACGGACAAACACUGCAACAGACUUGGUUGUUUCUUAUAAGCCCACUGUGAUACGAGGCAAUCCCUCUGAGAUAAUGGCUCUUGCCAAAAGUAUUUGCAAAGGACUUGAUCUUCAGCCGUCAGAUGGAGCUCAAAAAGGAGUUGACAGUUCUCAGAGUUCCGACCAUGCCCUUGGGCCUGCCAAGGCCUUGGCCAAGGAGUGCUGCUGUGUUGUUGUAGUGACAGGAGAACAUGACUUUGUGACAGAUGGCUCUAGUGUGAUCACUGUAUCAAAUGGUCAUCCAAUCCUUACAAAGAUAACUGCAGCUGGAUGCACUUUGACAGCUGUGCUGGCAGCAUUUGUUUCUCUGGGGGAUCCCACAGAUGUAACACAUGUGAUCAAAAGUUGUGCUUGUGCACUGAGUAUCUUUGGAAUUGCAGCAGAGCUAGCUGUUGAAGAUCCAAUAGCUAAGGGGCCCGGUAGUGUCAGAAUGCGUAUGCUAGAUACCUAUGGCAGAUUUAAUGCACAAACCUUGUUGGAAAGGGAAAAAAUUUCCUUUCCUUCCUAAAUUUCCUAAUUUCCUCUACACACCGCCAAGAUCAUAUUUGUAAAUUCUUGUCUACAGUGGCAGUGGCAGUGGAAGUCCUUGUAAAUUAGUUACAGGAAUUAAGUAAGGGAAAAGUGUCAAAAGAAUUUGAACAUCAGACUAAUUAAAAUUAGCCAAGAGCAUUUUGACCACCAGUUCUGAGCCAGUUACCCAUCAAUUGUAAUCUCUUCAAACAAAUAAGUUCACAAAUAGUUUAGUAUGUCUAUUGAGUUAACCUAGGAUAUUUGCAAAUUUAUUUUAAAUUAAUAUUUAAUAAUAUUUUACAUACCAUUUAGAAUAAGAAAAAUUGCCUCUGUACUUUAAAAUACUGACCCUGCUUACAUAAUUGGGAUACUUAACAAAAUGGACAUAUCUUAAUCUGCUAGUAUACCAUGCAUGACUUUAUUACUUACCUCAAUGCCUCACAAAUGUAAACUUUAUUUUAAUUCUGGUACAUGAUAUAUGCUGAAAUAACUUUUACAUUACAAAAUACAGUAGAGACUGGAUAACUUGAUCUGCCAUCGGAAACAAAGAACGGUUGAAAUCCCAUCUUGUUCGAGUUACUAAGAGGUUUGAGUUCACUGAGUUUGAAUUGGUGAGGUUCUCCUAUAUCAGGAUGACACAGUUUUCUC